CGGAGAACCGUGCCAUUGAGGCGGCCCGCCAGCUGUUCGUCUCCAAUUCGACCAAUUGACCGCCCAUCUGCCCUUUCCUCAAUCCAUCGUCCACACCUUCAACCACCACCAUCCCGCCUCGCCAUACGCCACGAAAAUACACACAAUGCAGGGCCUCCUUCUCUCCCUUGGCCUUCUGGCCUCCAGCACUGUCAGCUUUGUUGCUGCUGCCGGCCUCAAGAUCGACGUCACCCAGGAGGUCGAGUGCGACCGCAAGACCAUGAAUGGCGACAAGCUCACCAUGCACUACCGCGGCACCCUGCAGGCCGACGGAUCGCAAUUCGACGCCAGCUACGACCGGGGAACCCCCUUCAGCUUCAAGAUUGGCAGCGGCCAGGUCAUCAAGGGAUGGGAGCAGGGUCUGUUGGAUAUGUGCAUUGGCGAGAAGAGAACCUUGACCAUCCCCCCCGAGCUUGGAUAUGGGUCCCGCGGCAUGGGGCCUAUCCCCGCUAGCUCGACGCUUGUCUUUGAGACCGAGCUCGUUGGUAUUGAAGGCGUCCCCAAGCCCGAGAAGAUCGUCAUCAAGGAGAAGGCCUCCAAGGCUGCCGAGGGCGUCGCCGAGAAGGUCGCUGGCAAGGUCGCCGAGGCUGCCGAAGUCGUCAAGACCAUUAUUGCUGACUCCGACUCCGACGCCCAGGAGCACAAUGAGCUGUGAUGGGCGACUCCUGUACAUUGGUGAGGGACGGGAUCUGCAUGCCAUAGAUGAAAGGCAAUCGACGUCUAGCUCGGUGCCAGCACGCGAAUCUGAGCUACACAAAAGCAUUCCCUGGAGAACAAUGGGUGUGUCACGAGAAACAUGAUGUGCCACGACGUUAAAUGAUCUGAGGCGAGCAAUAUACGCAAUCAAGCUGAUCACCACGCUAUUCGCGGCCGACAGUGUAGCUGCCUGUUUCGGACGUGCUAUGUGUGUGCGUGCCUAUUAAAUAUUUGUCCAAGCAUGUCAACCGCCUUCGGCAGCCCUGCGGUAAAACAAAUGUACUUGCAUAUGACGGCCAUU